AAAGACAGAGGGACUGAGGGGAAAGAGGACACCUGUAGCGCACACUCGCCUCUCAAAGCGCAAUUUCAGAGGCUGCUGGAGUCAUCAAAGCCCGGGAAGAAAACAGGUGAGCAGGACAAGGAGAAGCAGAGAUACUUAAUACUGAGGAGGACUGACGAUUAACGACGGCCACCAUGGUUUAACUUCUCCUGGACACCUGUUUUUCUAAAGCCAGCGAGAGAAAAGACAACUUUUCGAAGAGGAGAGAAACAACAUUCAGACCUGUCAUGGCUGACCCUGCAUGGUGGAAGCUCACCUUCCUAAAGAAAAAGAAGUCAGAGGCGAAAGUCCUGUACGAAAUACCGCCAGACUUCAGCACCAACAAUGCAAAUAAAGACCUGGACCAUGAUGCGGCAGACAGCAAUUUAGAUGCCAGACUGGAAAAAAUAGUGGCCACCAAAUCUGCCACCAAAGGCCGUCACGUCAAAGUCUCUCAUUCAGGCCGGUUCAAGGAGAAGAAGAAGAUCCGUGCAACUCUGGUGGAAAACCCAAGCCUUUUCCCUGAAUCUGCUCAGACAGAGAAGAGCCACGUGGAACAAUAACACCCCUGAUCUAGACCAAAGACACCAUUUGAGGCCUGUUUUUGAUAUAUAACACAUUUUUUCAGUGCAUUUUUGCUGCAGAGAAGAUACUGGUUUUACCAUAAAACAAGUUUUACCAUCCACAUUUCAAUCUAAGAGCAGCCCAAGAUGAAUAUUAAGAAGUUUAUUUCCUGUAAAUGAUAAAAACAAUGUUGUCAUGCUCAUGAAAUGUAAUUCGAUCGCCGUGGAACAAACAAAAUACCCGACAAGAAAGACAGAACUCUCUCUAUUCAUUUCUAAAUUACAUUUAACAUGAAGAACGUUCUUAAAAAUGUACAUUGUUGUGUAUGAGUAACUUAUGAUAAACCUGUGGGAAGCUUAGAUUUGAUGGACUGUUGUGCCUUUUAAUCAGCACUUCAUGACGUGAUUUUGUUUCUUUUGACCAAGUUGUACUCUCAUAAACAUGGAGUUGUUUAAUGAACAUAUCUCUAAUUUUAUCAGUGUAUCAUAAAAAGGGUUUCAGUUGAAGCAUGGACAGCCAAUGUGAUAACACGAGAGAGAUGCUCUCACUACAGCUUUAAUUAGCUUAAUUUAAUCUGCGUUUUUUUUUUUGUAUACUGCAAUUUCACAGGUUAUUGUUAAAAUAUGCAAAAUAAAGAUUUGUAUUCCAUUGCUUAAAUGUCA